CCUCCCCCCCUCCCCUCCUCCCCUCCUCGUGUGGCUGCAGUGUGUCGGACUGAAGGCAGGGGGGGGUGAAAGUUCACCAUCAUGGCUCUCGCGUAUCAAAUGACCAUGUAGGAAAAGUUCCAGAGCAGAGCUGAAGACGAGGACAGCAGACAUGUCGGGGGAGAAGGACUCUGCACUGAACGGAGAGGAAGAGGAGGAUGAAGCUCUGGGAUAUUACGACGACGACCUGGAGGCGUUUUCAGAGUCUGAGCUGGGCUGUGAGGACGGAGAGCUGGGCUUCAGCGACUCUCUGAGCGGGGAGGUCAAACCUCGUAUCCUGCUGAUGGGUCUGAGGAGGAGCGGGAAGUCCUCCAUCCAGAAGGUGGUUUUCCACAAAAUGUCGCCCAAUGAGACGCUGUUCCUGGAGAGCACCAAUAAGAUCUGCAGAGAGGACGUCUCCAGCAGCUCCUUCGUCAGCUUCCAGAUCUGGGACUUCCCCGGACAGAUCGACUUCUUCGACCCCACGUUUGACUACGAGAUGAUCUUCAGAGGAACCGGAGCUCUCAUCUUCGUCAUCGACUCACAGGAUGACUAUUCGGAGGCUCUGAGCAGACUCCACCUCACAGUGACCCGGGCCUACAAAGUCAACCCAGACAUUAACUUCGAGGUGUUCAUUCACAAAGUGGACGGCCUGUCAGACGACCACAAGAUCGAGAAGCAGAGAGAUAUUCACAAGCGUGCCAACGACGACCUGGCAGACGCGGGCCUGGAGCAGAUCCACCUGAGCUUCUACCUCACCAGUAUAUACGACCACUCCAUAUUUGAGGCGUUCAGUAAAGUGGUCCAGAAGCUGAUCCCACAGCUGCCCACGCUGGAAAACCUGCUCAACAUCUUCAUCUCUAACUCAGGUAUCGAGAAGGCCUUCCUGUUCGACGUGGUCAGUAAGAUUUACAUCGCCACAGACAGCAGCCCGGUGGACAUGCAGACUUAUGAGCUGUGCUGCGACAUGAUCGACGUGGUCAUCGACAUCUCCUGCAUCUACGGCCUGACGGACAACGGAGCAGGUUUACCUUAUGACAAGGAGUCCAUGGCCAUCAUCCACCUGAACAACACCACGGUCAUGUACCUGAAAGAGGUCACCAAGUUCCUCGCCAUCGUCUGCUUCCUCCGCAGGGAGAGCUUCGAGAGGAAAGGGCUCAUCGACUACAACUUCCACUGCUUCAAGAACGCCAUCCAGGAGGUUUUUGAUGUUCGAGUGAAGGUUCAACAAAACCGUAAACUCCUCAGUCAGAGGCGGUGGAGCAAACUAUCCAUGACGAACGGCGGGAUCAACAACCCAAACUGAGGACUGAGGACAGCCGAGAGUGCCUGAGCUGAGGCUCGGCAAACCAAGGAGACUCCUGCGUGCUCUUUAGCAAAGAGCUAAGAUUUACACGCCAACAUUUGUUUUUAAAGACACCACGAGGACUCGUUUUAUCCUGCAGGCCUGAUGUAGCAGGCGGUGUUUGGGGUCUUCAUCAGUCAGUUCAUAAGACGUGAACAUAAACAUGAGUAGGUUUUUGUGAAUGAAACAGGGACUGGAAACAUGUCUCUACCAACGAGGUGUUUUAAAUAUCAGCUGAUCACGUGCAUGUCAUGCUCACUGCCGACCGAUGACAGCUGCUUUUGUAUUUCAUUCUGGUUUUUGGAUAUAGGAUUUUUCUUUGAGUAAGAGACGGGGAUGACACACAGCAAAGGGUUGGACUCACACCCGGAUCAUCUGGAGAAGUCCUUCAUGGUGGUCUCAGCUCGCUUCAAAUCCAACCCUGGAGCGGUUUGAUGGCAGUGAGACCACAAUCCACCGUGAGACCAGAACAACCAGCUGCUGGACUCAUCCCUCUCCAGUGGUAGGGUGUAGUGUUAAAAGCAGUAAAGCAAUUACUUUUACAACCCUGAGAAGAGACGCUUCUUCUUUAUGUUAUUGAUUUCUUUAAAUUGUCACAAAGAUUUGGAGGUCAAAGGUUACUGUGACCUCACAUCCAUCCCGUUCUCAUCAAGGUGAAGUCAGAGUAACACAGAGGGACAUUUUGACCUCUGGUUUAUUUGUAUGUUUCUGAUCACUGAGUCAUGUGAUUGGUUAGUUUCACAUUUAUCCAGUCAGGAAGUCGUUCGGUGUCGAAGAUGAGGAAGUGGACAAUUUAAGUCUUAUUUAUUAGAAUCUUUUUAUAUGUUUUUCUGUCUCCACGUACCAUAAAUACUUUGACGACUGACGCUGAAGUACACAGGUUUAGUAAUUUGCUUUGCUUUCGAAUUAUGUCCAAAUCACAGAGUGCCAAUAAAAGCACCUUAAUGCCACAACAGCUACUAGCAGCCUCCUGCAGCACGGCCCAGAGGGUCGCUUUGAGCACCACGCCCUCGUUUACUCAGCCAGAUGUAGUGAGGACUUUUCGGAGUGCCACCCCUCCGUUCACACCCGGGUAUAGGAAGACAGAAAUCUGGACCUCUCUGACAUAUCAGAUGUUGCAAUGUUACAAUGUUACAAUGUCAUUUAGCAGACGCUUUUAUCCAAAGCGACGAAGAACACAAAGCAAGCAAAGAUCUAGACAAGAGGAAACAAGAUCAGUAAGAGUAACAAAGUACUUCAAGUCAAUUUGGGUGCAGGUACUGCCAAGCAGUGUAAAGGCAAUGCACAAAAGUAAGUAAGGAAUUUAUUUGGGUAAGAUUCUGUGUUCAUGCCUUAUUUAUAGAGCAAGCUAUAAGCUGUCAAACAUGCAUUCAAUAGUUGUGAUUUAGGCAUCAUAUUUCUCAUCAGAUAUACAUUUUUAUAUUACAUCCAUACAGGAUCACACUAAAGCCGAUGCAGCAUUUAUAUCAUUGCACUUUUUGUGUUUGUGUAUUUGCCCUUAGUACUUCCUAGAACGUUUAUGUUUGUUUUAAGGCAAUAUUUCCAUGCAGACGUGGAUAAGGGCAUCAUUGGUAUAAAAAAGAGGGGAGUUGAGGAGUAAAGGUAAGUUGUUGUAACAGCACUAAUGAAUACUGUUGACUGUAAACAUCCAAUCAAAAAACAUCAACACAAUGACGCUUGAGGGUUCAAGUUUCUUACAGAAACUCAACCUAACAUCAAGUAUCUAUAGAACACAGAUUCCCAGAGUAGAGCAGGACAGUGCGAGUCAACUGUAUCUGGAAGACAUGAUCUGCCACUGGGGACAACAGUGGAGAACAGUCUAGCUAAGUGCAUAGUGCUACCUAAAGAGGUGGGGCUUUAGCUGUCUUUUGAAAGUAGAGAGGGACUCUGCAGAUCCAAUGGAGUUGCAGAUGUUUUAAAUUUUAUAUUUUGAGCCCGUUUAGUUCCCGUAUCGAGCCGACAGGACAGUGGACGGAGGAGGCACAAAGGGCUGUGGGAAUCUAAGCCGCCUGUUCUGAGGGCGGAGCCAAACCGGCACCCUUACAGACACCUUUUUAACAAGUAGGUUAAUAGUGUAUCACCAUGUCAGCCUGCUGUCAUCUCCUCUGCUUUUGAAGAGUUCGAGUUCUCAGUUUGAACCACUAAAAGUCUGUGGUGGAAAUCUGGAAAUCUGGAAAUGAUAGACUCAAACUACAACGGUUUGUCCUUGUGAGCUUUAUUCCGGCCUUCAGUGAGCUUUGCAAAGCAGUCAGCUGGCAGAGUGAUCUUACAACCGAGACAAGGUCUGCUCAACUGACCCAGAUACAACACGUUACUUAUUCUCUUCAGAGAAUAAGAUUAAACACAUCAUUAAACAUCUUCAAACAAGAGAGCUUUUUAUGACCUCUUGCUUCCUGGUCACCUUCCUGACGUCUCACCUUCUGGUCUGCUCCUCAGCCGUGGGAACAGAUAACAGAAUGCAAAUCACAGAAGGUCUGGUAUGUGUGAAUGUUUCUAGCUUCUAAUCAAAGCAAGAACAACACACUAUCAUGUCUGUAUUUUUCCCAUCACAAGUCUUUCUCUGAGAGGAGUCUGUGUGCUGAAGGACUUUUUAAAAGCUACAUGUUUUAUUCAAAGAGGAAUGUCAGAUAUUUUAUGACCAUGUUUAACUGAAUAACUACUUUAACUGUAUGAACACAGCGGAGUGACACUGCUCGCAUGAUAAACAUGGUCUGCUGUGUGAUCAGAGAAGCUCACAUUACUGUUUGAUAACUUAUUAAUGUUCUGAUUAUUUAUUUAUGUUUGAGAUUAAAUCUGAUUUAACAUUG